AUGGCCAAGAUGCUCUCAUCCCUCUUGCUGCUGCUCCUUUUCAAGCUCCAGCACCGAUUCUUCUCUUACUUCGAGUGCCACAACUUCGAGCACCUCGUCUUACAUAAUACCGACGAGCACAUCAACAUCAAGCAGCUCUAUCUCGACGAGCUCGACAUCGAGUGCCUCAUCAUCUGCCGUGACAGUUGCCACGGACGGAAGUGCAGCAACUACGCAUCGGGUCUCAUCGCGAACUCCUAUCUUGAGGCAGCGGACAAGGUCAUAUCUACUUACCCUUCGCUCUAUAUUUACGGCUCGACCAUCACGGCUACGAGCAAGAACGCUCUUCUGGUCUAUAACAAGGGUGCUACUUAUGGAACAGUUCAAUAUAACUCGACAAUUGUAUUCGACACCUGCUCUGUCAUACAAAAGGCUGGAACGACAAAUACCUAUGUGUACAUGGCUUCUGCUAAUGGAGCUGGUUCUGUUGUUGUGUACCGAAACACGGCUCUAGCCAGUCUCAUUGCUGCAACCGGUGCCCACGUUGACACAGUCACACAGAAUACGUUGAACGCCUACUUCGAAUACCUGACCACGGGAGCUGGUAGCUAUCAGAACAACCAGGCUUCUCGCUCUCCAUAUGUGAAAUUGGUCACAGAUGCGGCACAGCUGGCACCUUACGGACUAGCGAACUUCUUUGCGAACGCCUACCCUUCUGUUGCAACCACUAGCAUUACAUGGAUUGACCCGAAUCUCAAGUUCAAGCUCCAGUUCAAGCUCGACAUCAAGCUCAACGUCCAGCUCGACCUCAAGCUCAAUCUCAAGUUCAACUUCGAUACCGCACGUAUUGUUGGCCCGGCUGGCUCGUGCGCCAAUUACACGACCAUCUCGGCUGCUGUCGCGGACUUGCCGCUCGACUCGACCACUGGAUACAUCUACAUUCUAGCCGGCGUCUAUAAUGAGCAGGUUGUGUUUCCUAAUGCUAGAACGGGAGCGACGACUUUCCGUGGAGAGUCGGCUAGCCCGUUAGUGCGGUCCGGAAACACCGUCACCAUCCGGACUACUGGCGCUGUUCUGUCGAGUGCUGGAGGUUCCGCCGCCACUGGCGCAUUCCAGUCAACCCAGUACUAUACGAACCAGAUUACAUUCUAUAACAUCGACUUCGAGAACAACUACACGCCUACGACGAACUAUCAGGCGGUUGCUGUGUCGAUCAAGGCGAAGAAGGCCGCAUUCUAUAACUGCAACAUCGAGUCAUCUCAGGGGACUCUGCUCUUGAACUACGGCUCCUUCUACUUCUCUAACUGCAAGAUUUCUGGAACCCAGGACUGGGUGUGGGGUCAAGGACUGUCUUACAUCUAUAAUUCCGAGAUUGUGGAGACCAGCACCAGCACUGGCCAAACCAUUGCCGCCCAGCAGUAUCAGACAUCAGUUGGCAGCUCGGGGAUUGUGUUUGAUCACUGCGCGGUCGUUCCCGAGUCCUCAUCGGUGCCGACGGGUGCAACAUACCUUGGAAGAGAUUAUUCCCUUACUGCUCACGUCGCAUAUGUGAACUCCUACCUUGAUAAUCACAUUGCCGCGAUCGGGUGGAAGAUCUCGUCCUCAAGCUCUUCUCCUGUCUUUGUGGAGUCAAACAAUACUGGUCCUGGAUCAUCCACUACUUCAAGGAGCUCCAGCGUUCAAGUGCUCUCUGACUCCUCGUCCUACUCUGCUGCCAGUGUUCUAGGAGAUGUCAGCUGGCUCGACUCAAGUGCCAUCGCCCCUUUCUCGGGAUUCCCGGAUUCUGUCUACUCGAAAACUGCGACGACAAGCUCUUCUACAUCCUCAACGGCAACUUCGACGUCAACUUCAGCUGCUGUGGCAACGACUGCGACCUCAGCGUCGGCAAUUUAUACCGUGGCGCCUACUCCCACCGGUAGCCAAUAUGGCUCCGUGAUGUCUGCGGUGGCGGCCCUCCCCAGCGACGGGAAAGCCUAUACCAUUUACAUUUUAGCUGGCACUUAUAACGAGCAGGUGUGGGUCAAUCGCACUGGCAUGGUCACGUUGCGGGGCGAGACGAGUUAUCCCAACGAUUACUCUCAAAACUUGGUGACAAUUCAGUUCAAAUAUGGUGUCCUCACCAGCGCCAACCAGAACGAACUCACGCCUGUAAUCAACGCAAAAAAGACCGACGGCUCUGGUUUAGCUCUCUAUAACAUUGAUUUCACCAAUACCUAUCCUCAGACAUCGAAUACCGCCGCGCUAGCGGCCGACUUCUACGGCAAAAAUAUGGCGGCCUACGGAUGCUCCUUCAAAGGCUUCCAGGACACCCUCCUUGCCAACCAAGGUGUUCAGCUAUUCAGUAACUGCUAUAUUGAGGGCAGCAUUGACUAUAUUUUUGGAUAUUCCAAGGCCUACUUCCAUCAGUGUUACAUUGCAAGCAAUACUGCUGGAUAUAUCACUGCCCAGAACCGUCCGACCAAUGUGUGGCCCGGCGGCUAUGUUUUCGACUCUUGCUACGUUACAUACACCAGUUCGUAUGGCUCAUCAACUGGAACGACUUAUCUGGGUCGUCCGUGGUCUCAGUAUGCCAUCGUUGUGUAUAUGAACUCGUAUUUGGACAAGCAUAUCGCCGCUGAGGGAUGGCACAUUUGGUCCACUAGCAGCCCACAAACUUCGCGGAACAUACAACGAGCAGGUGCCUUCCGUCUCAAGUCUGGCCCAGUUAUGAUUAUAGGCUACACUGAAGCCAAUCCUGGUCAGACAUACGUGGGAAAUACCGUCACAAUCACGAAUGCUCGGGGUCUAUCUGUCAGCCCCCUUCCCACCGGUCACAGCAACGCCGAAACUGCCACUAUCGCGACAGGCAGCACAAAGAUCAGCAUGUACAACAUUAAUGUCAUUAAUUCUGACAAUUUGGACGGUUCGCAAUCAAGCUACGUCACCUUGGCCGCUAGUAUCUAUGGGAACCAUAUCGGCUUCUACGGCUGCUCCUUCAUCGGCUGGCAAGACACCCUGCUCACCGGCGAAAAGACAGGAUACCAGUAUUACGAAGCAAGCUACACUGUGCUGCCUGUGCAGGAGCUGAUGCAAGUGCAAGUGGGGUGGGGUGGGGCACAAGUGUUGUGGAGGGUGGAAGUACGUGAGGUCGAUCCAAUCGGUGCUGUCCAUACUGUCGCAAGCGGAUACGUGUCGCUGUUACCCGGGCCAGAAUUAUUGAACUCGGCGAAGGUGAUAUGGUAA